AAGAAGUGGUUGAGGGCUUAAGGCUAAUAGCAUUGGCUCAUGCACGUGAUUCUCAGGUACCCGCCUCUUAAUCUUAUUUAUAGCACCAAACGCUUUGCAAACUUAAUUUGUAACACUUCCUUCUACCACUCAUAGUAGCUAGUCCAAUACCAUCAGCAGCACCACCACCAGUUCCGCCAUCGGCUGCUGGGUUGUUUUCUUUGAAGAGAAAAAAAUGGUGACCGUCGAGAAAGUUCGUAAGGCUCAACGUGCCGAAGGGCCAGCCACCGUGUUGGCGAUCGGCACGUCAACUCCACCAAAUUGUGUUGACCAGAGCACAUACCCUGAUUACUAUUUCCGUAUCACAAAUAGUGAGCACAAAACUGAGCUGAAAGAGAAAUUCAAGCGCAUGUGUGAAAAAUCCAUGAUCAAGAAGCGAUACAUGUACCUGACAGAAGAGAUUCUGAAAGAAAACCCCAAUGUAUGUGCAUACAUGGCACCUUCACUUGAUGCCAGGCAGGACAUGGUGGUGGUUGAGGUUCCAAAACUAGGCAAAGAAGCAGCCACCAGGGCCAUUAAGGAAUGGGGACAGCCCAAGUCCAAGAUCACCCACCUUGUCUUUUGCACCACCAGUGGUGUGGACAUGCCUGGGGCUGACUACCAGCUCACCAAGCUUUUAGGCCUCCGCCCAUCGGUUAAGCGACUUAUGAUGUACCAACAAGGUUGCUUCGCCGGUGGCACAGUGCUCCGGGUGGCCAAGGACUUGGCUGAGAACAACAAAGGAGCCCGCGUCCUCGUUGUUUGCUCCGAAAUUACUGCCGUUACCUUCCGCGGGCCUAGUGACACUCACCUCGAUAGUCUCGUGGGGCAAGCAUUGUUUGGCGAUGGUGCUGCUGCUGUUAUAAUUGGUGCAGACCCAGUGCCCGAGAUCGAGAAGCCAUUGUUUGAACUAGUCUCAGCGGCCCAAACAAUCUUGCCAGACAGUGAUGGUGCUAUUGAUGGUCACCUUCGUGAAGUUGGGCUUACAUUUCACCUCCUCAAGGAUGUUCCGGGGCUUAUUUCGAAGAACGUUGAAAAGAGCCUAGUUGAGGCAUUCCAGCCUUUGGGCAUCUCUGACUGGAACUCCCUUUUCUGGAUUGCACACCCUGGUGGGCCAGCAAUAUUGGACCAGGUAGAAGCCAAGUUAGCCCUCAAGCCUGAAAAGCUACGAGCCACAAGGCACGUUCUUUCGGAGUAUGGCAACAUGUCAAGUGCUUGUGUCUUAUUCAUUUUGGAUGAGAUGAGGAGGAAAUCGAAAGAAAAUGGGCUUCAGACCACAGGAGAAGGGCUCGAGUGGGGAGUCCUGUUUGGCUUCGGACCUGGGCUCACAGUUGAGACCGUAGUUCUCCACAGUAUCUCUGCUUAAAGAAAUUCUCCCCUCUAAAAUGGCCCUGCAUUUUUAUUUUAGUUUUUUAGUUUAUUUGGGUUUUUUUCAUUUCCUUCGAAUUUGUAUGGUUAUUGUGGGAGAGCCAAACUCUCUGAUGCUGUGGGUUUGUUGUGGACUGGAAGCUUAACGGCGAUAGAAUUCAUUUAGCAACUUUUAUUGUGGCAAUAAUAAGUUCCCACUUCAUCAUU